UUGUGGACGGUCUUGGAGAUUCUACAGGAGAAAGGCAAACGAUACAAGGUGAAAUGGGCCGGUAUUGAUCCGGAAACCAAAAAACCAUGGGCGCCUUCUUGGGUGCACAAACACGAUUGUACGCCGGACCUUGUAGCGGAAUGGAAGAGG